GUCUCUGCUGCAUCAAGAGGCAGAGGAGAGCCGGAGGAGGGUACAGAGGGUCGCACAGACUGGGAAUACUCCAGUGGACAGGAUUGUUAGGAGACUCAUGUGCUAAUAUGCUACCGUGCUCCACAGGGGAAGCUGAGCACAGGGGAGUUUGAGAGGAUCAGUGCACCUGCUCCAUGCACACUGAUGAAUAGGAGCAGCUGACGUGUGCGAUGGCCAGUCUGGACCUGCAGGAUCUUUUACACACAGCUCCGUGUUAUUGUUACCUCCCAACCAAGCAGCCUAGCCCGAGGAUCUGACAAAACCUCCCUCCCCCUGGGUGUCCCUCACUCCUGGGCCCACCAUGGGAGGAUGCUUCUCCAAACCCAAACCAGUUGAAGUUAAAGUGGAACUCUCUCUCCUGGAAAAAGAAAAAGAGGUGGACGGGCUGUCGCCUAACGGCAAAGCGAGUCCCUUUGCCGACUGCAGACCCAACGGGGCCCUGGGACACGGCUCUGAUGACGACUCCACCCCGCUCCCCCUCUACCACAAACCACGGGACUAUGUGGAGGCCUCCGUCUGUCAUGUUAAAGAUCUGGAAAAUGGACAGAUGCGAGAGGUGGAUUUGGGGAGUGGCAGAGCUUUGUUGAUCAAAGAACAUGGGGAGUUUUCUGCCAUCGCCCACAAGUGUCCACACUACGGAGCACCUCUGGUCAAAGGUGUGUUGUCAAAAGGACAUGUUCGCUGUCCGUGGCACGGUGCCUGUUUCAACAUUGCAACAGGAGACCUGGAGGACUUCCCCGGGCUGGACAGCCUGCCGAUAUUCCAGGUCAGAGUUGAAAAGGACAAGGUGAUCAUUCGUGCAAACAAGCAGGCUCUUCAGUCACAGAAAAGGUCAAAGCCGAUGGCCCGGUGCUCAGCAGUCAUUAACUCAAGCACGGGCUUCAGCCACGUUCUCAUCAUUGGCUCAGGUCCAGCAGCUCUGGUGUGUGCAGAGACUCUGAGGCAAGAGGGUUUCACCGACCGCAUCGUCAUGUGCACCAUGGACAGACAUCCUCCAUACGACAGGCCUAAAUUGAGUAAGUCUCUAGAAAGCACAGCAGAGCAGCUGAGAUUGCGCUCUGUGGAAUUCCUACAGGAUCAUGACAUUGAACUGCUAACAGAGAAAGAGGCUGUGGCGAUAGACGUGAAAACACGAUCUGUGACCUUUGAAGAUGGCUUCAGGAUGGAGUACAGGAAACUCUUUAUUGCUACAGGAAGCAAACCCAAAACAAUGAUCUACAAAGGAAUGGACGUCAGCAACGUGUUUCACCUCAGAACGCCUGAGGACGCCAACAGCAUAGCGAGGCUGGCCAACAACAAGAAUGCUGUGAUUGUGGGGACAUCGUUUGUCGGUAUGGAGGUGGCUGCAGCUCUAACAGACAAAGCUCACUCGGUCUCUGUCAUCGGGAUCGAGACGGUCCCCUUUAAGCAAGCACUCGGGGAGAAAGUAGGGAAAGCCAUAAUGAAGCUGUUCGAGGUGAACAGGGUGAAGUUCUACAUGCUGAACGAGGUGUCAGAGAUGGUUGGCCAACAUGGACAGCUGAAAGAGGUGGCCCUGAAGAGUGGUAAAGUCCUGCGGGCAGACGUGUGUGUCAUCGGAGCAGGAAGUAUUCCUGCAACCGGCUUCCUGAAACAGGGUGGCAUCCACAUGGACUCCAGGGGCUUCAUCACUGUCAACAAGAUGAUGCAGACAAGUGCUGAUGGGGUCUACGCUGGAGGAGAUGUGGUGGUGUUUCCUUUCCCGGCGCGCAACAACAAGAAGGUGAACAUCCCCCACUGGCAAAUGGCUCAUGUACACGGAAGGGUGGCUGCUCUCAGCAUGAUGGGCAAAGCCGCUGAGAUCAAAACUGUGCCUUACUUCUGGUCAGCCAUGUUUGGGAAGACCAUUCGCUAUGCAGGUUACGGUGAAGGAUUUGAUGAUGUCAUAAUACAAGGUGAUCUGGAUGAACUGAGAUUUGUGGCGUUUUACACCAGGAGUGAGGAGGUGGUGGCUGUUGCCAGCAUGAACUAUGAUCCCAUUGUAUCCCGAGUGGCAGAGGUCUUAGGAUCCGGAAAGACGAUUAAGAAACGAGAUGUGGAGAUAUUGACAAGGCUUGGCAAGACCGGAGACAUUUCUUGGCUGAUUGACAAAGGCUCUCAAUGACUUCACAUCUGAAGGAAUGGAGACUUCAAUAUGACACUAAUGGUGCUGAGACACUGAGCAGCUAUCUCAGUAUGGACACACAUGCAUACACACACACACAAAGGGGACAGGACCGUGUCUGUUGGAGACACACUUCCCUGAGGACGACACUGAAACCUGCUUUUGUUGCUGAAAGACACUUAAAGUGACAGAUGGAGGUCUACACUCUCUGAAGACACUGGAUCGCUGCGUUGGCUCCUUUUUGACGAUGCUGUAAUGUUUCACAAACAAAUCAAUAUUGGAUUCUGCGUCUGGGCUGCUGCAAGAUGUAUCUACCUGUACACUUUGUUAAUAAGAAGCCAGGGACGGGCAUUGGCAUUUUUUUUGUACAAAUAACAUUGUAUAUAGCUAUAAUCCUGAAUGCACUGUAACACAAUAAGAACAUACAAUUUUAACUGAAUUUUUCUAAGUUUUAAAUAAAAGCGUUGGCUGUAUGCAUACAGGCCUUAGAUCUGCAUGCUUUAAUUUACUCUGACAAGAGUUACAAAAUAAUCCCCUUAAGAGAGAUUGUUCUAUCUUGUUGUAACAGCAAGAAAGAGCUCAAAUUGCUAAAAAAAAGAAUGUGCUCCAUAAAAUCCCUGAAUGCAGCUUUAACAGACUCACUAACACACACUGCUUUAAUUCCUAAUGAAUGAUAUUUUAUUGGUUACCUUGCUACUCUAGUUAAAUUGCACAAAUUAAAUGUUGAUCACAUACUAGUGCUUGCACCAUAGAUUCAUGUGUUUUCUAGAGAAUAUCACCCCUUUAGCAAAUCCAAUCCUAGUUGUUUUUGUAUAAGGGCAUGUCUAUUGGGAUAUUCUUUGUUACUUACUCAGGGAACUGAGGAUUGUUGUCUUCCAGGCAAAACAAGCAGAAAUGAAUUUGUUGUUUCUUUCCCCCAGUUAUUGUAAUGUAACCGGUUGUCUUGUUCAUUCAGAACGGCUUGUGAUGGGUGUGAAGCGGAUGCGUGAUUACAUCCUGGUAUUCAGAUGUAACACUCAGCGUUUUCCAAGCAUCGUUCUUCCUAAAG